AUGUUUUCAUCCUUCCCAGCACAAGCCCCGUUCUCGCCCAAUGCAGCACCGCCCGUCCAGCAAAACCAAGUUACGGAUGCAUUGCCUUUGAGAUCACCAUCGGCCGCCGCCAAUACAUCAUCAGCUGCGACCAACCCAUCAUCAGCUGGCACCAAUACACCAUCCGCUGCGCAAGCGGACGCCACCACUGAAGAAACGAAGACCAAGACGAAAGUGAUUGAGGUCAUCAUGUUCGACAUGGGGAGAGACAUGGCUCGUCUCGAGAAGACCAUCCUUCGUAACGCAGACGUCAUAAUGCGCAACCUCAACCCGACCUCGUACAAGAACAACCAACAGCCUUGCUACGAGCUAGUGUCGAUGCUAGUCGAGGGCGCUUCUGGAAAGCACGAGAUGAUGAGGUUUGCCGUGGUGAAGGACGGGACGAUUGUUGCGGAGGGGCCAUCGCGGAAAGAUAGCACAGAUGCUCUUGAGGCGAUGCAUUUGGCGACGAUGGAGCUGAUGGCGACGAAAGUUGCAAAGGCGUGGGAUGGGUCUGGUGGUGGGGAUGAAUCAGAUACGACGGGGCGCUGGUCUUCGGGAAGGGUUGAGACUGCUUAA